AUGUCGAUAGAACCUGUAAGUGAAGUUGAUCAAGAUACAAACGCAAGAUUGAUGGAACCUGAAAAUGAAAUUCUUCGUCAUCAGCAUAAAAAUGUUCAGUAUGGAAAGCCAUAUUUUGCAGUAUUAUUAGCGGCCUUUUCUUCGUUGGGUGGAUGGUUUUUUGGCUAUGAUCAAGGUGUUACUGGUGGCAUUGUUGUUAUGAAUUCAUUUAAAAAUGACUUUUGUGUUGGCUUAUAUGCUAAUGCAAGUGUCUGCGAUCUUCCUGUGGGUGCUUUACCUUCUGAUUACAGACGAUUCUUAGUACUAUAUACGUUACUGUAUAAUGUCGGAUGUUUUGUUGGUGCUGCGUUCAUUUCUUCAUUUGUGGCAGAAAAAUUUGGACGUCGAGCCAUCAUUUUCACAGCAUCAAUUCUAUUUUUCAUUGGUACUUCAAUGGUUAUUUUUUCACCAGGUGGUUCCAAAAAGAUAAUGAUUUUAAUAUUAAUUGGUCGGAUUGUUGAAGGGACCGGCGUUGGCUGUUCUUCAUUUGCAUGUCCAUUAUAUGCUUCAGAAAUAGCUCCAACAAAUCUACGUGGAAUGCUUUCUGCUUUUAUGCAAAUGACAGUCGUAACUGGUUUAUUUCUUGCUAACGUGGUAAAUUUUUUAUUGCAAAAUCAUAAAUGGGGCUGGCGAUUGUCAAAUGGAAUUAUUUUGAUCGCUCCAGUCACGAUUAUGAUCGGCAUAUUUUUCUGUCCGGAAACUCCUCGAUGGUUGUUUAAAAAAGAGAGUCGAGUAUCGGCCGAGAGAAGUUUAAAACGCAUCCGUAAAACAACCGAUGUAAGAGCUGAACUAGAUGCUAUUGCCGAUGCUAUACAAGAAGAAGGUGAUCAAGUUUCAAUCAAAGAACUAUUAGCAACAAAGAAAAUGCUUCGAAGACUUGGUAUUGCUAUAGGAAUGCAUGUUUUAAAUCAGGGAACGGGUAUUAAUCCUAUAUUUACAUAUGGUGGUAUUAUUUAUGAAAGUGUUCUCGGAAAGGGAAUCGUAUCAUUAUUGAUUUUGUCUGGUGUGAAUCUCCUAAGCACAAUACCAGCCUUGUUUCUAAUUGAUAGACUAGGUCGUCGAAAACUUCUCAUAUUUUUUGGCUUAGGUAUGGUAGUUGGACAUCUUGUGGCAGCAACAGUGUUUGCUACAGGUUGCAAUGUAAUUAAAACAAUCAUCACUAACACUACAACAAGUGAAGAAAUUGUAAAUUGUAAAACAACUUCUGGUAUACUAAUGCUUGUCUUUACAGUUAUUUUUGUAGCUUUUUAUGCACUUUCUUGGGGAGCAGUCGUCUUUGUUUAUGUAGCUGAGAUUUUCCCUCUUAAUGUCAGAGCUAAGGCUAUUUCAAUAGCGACAGGAAGCAAUUGGUUAAUGGGUACACUUAUGUCUUAUAUGUUAGAGUUAAUAGCUCCAAUAGGGAUUCAUGGAGUAUUUUAUCUUUUUAGUGUUCUGUGCUUAUUGGGUGUAAUAUUCGUCUACCGUUUCUGCCCAGAAACAAGAGAUAUUUUACUGGAAGAUAUUGAAGAAGAGUUUGCUAAUUUCUAUUUAAGGAAUAGAACAACAAAAAAAACGACAAAAGUCCGAUCAGCAGAACAAAACAAGAAGAGCUAA